AUGAGCAGCGGCUCCGUCUCACUCGCUUUGUUGGUGCCGUUCCUGUCGAGAGGCCGGACCAAAUUUCAGCUUCGCCGGAAAUUUUCCGCCACGGGAUCCGGAAAUUGUCCCGGAAGAUUUGUUGUAACCGUACAGACAGCUCUUCUGGGAGCACUAAAAUUGAACAGCAACAGCUUAACCUCUCGUCUGGAAAAAGGAAUACCUGGAUUGGAUGAAUCGUAUUUACCGAGAUAUAUAGGGUACGCAUUUGGUUUGUUGUUAUUGUUGAAUCACUUUGUAGGCUCGGAUUCAUCAACCGUCACUGCAGCCCAGUUGAGAACAGAGGUGUUAGGCCUUCUUCUUGCUGCCUUCUCUGUAGUAGUCCCCUACCUUGGGAGAUUUCUGAAGGGGGCUGUUCUAGUUAACGAAAGAAAUGUUCCUGAUGGUGCUGACCAAACCUUUGUCAUAUCACAAAAUGUUCCGGGUACUCUGAAGGAGGAUUUGGCUUGGGGAUCAUAUGUUCUAUUGCGCAAUACAAACACCAUAUCAGUGCUUAUCUCAACUCAAGAUGCACUGUGUGUGCGUGGCUACUGGACAACUCCUCAAGAUGUAUCAAAAGCCGAUGUAUGUAAUUGGUUUGAGAAACAGAUUCAGCAACUUGGUCUAUUGAAUUUGAAGGACACACUCUAUUUUCCUCAAGCUACAGAUUCUCAACUCAAGGAGCUGCUUCCAAAGGGAACUUGUUCUCUCCUUGUACAGCCGCUGCUGGGGUCUCCUGAUCCAAGUUACAAGGAGGACACACCAAAGAAUGAGGGUUUUGUCCUGGUGGCUUCCGGCAACAGUUAUGCAUAUGAUAGUAAAGACAGAGCCUGGAUCAGAGCAGUUGCGGGGAAAUUUAGAGGUAACCGCAUUUUUUCAGAUUUGUAAUGCCGUUAAUGCACCAAAUCCUGUUUGCUUAUUUUUACAUAUCUUCUUUGUAUACCUUUCUGGCUGUCUUGUAUGUUUAUAUACGUUAAUUCUUGGUUGCAA